CUAAACAGGUAAAGUAAUCAAUAGUACUGGAGCAAAUUCAGAUAUAUUCAAAACAUUUAUGUCUAGCAGAUAAGCUAUUAAUGUUGCUUGCAACAUAUAUAAGAAUGGAAAAUUGGCAAUGGAAUUCCUUAAUAUUUUUUCAAGUCCUUAUAAAAAUUCCUCGGUUUGAUCUUCAUAUGACUUCAAUGAACCUAAUUAACUUGCACUACUGCGAUGAAAUCUAUAUCAAUGAACUCAGUUACUGACUUUCAUUGGCUUGUACAUAAUUGUCAAUAUUGUUAGAUUUUGGUUCAUAUUUUAACAUAUUUUUACUGUAUAUUUGGCAAGAUUUCAGGGAACAGCUCGAUUGAUGUCCAAUUCAUUUGGGUCUUCAUUAUGGAUGAUGCCAUUUUCAAAGUAUUGUAGGGCAGACGGCAUGUAUUUGAAGCAUUUUUCUGGGGGAAUCAGGAAGAGGCAUCAUACCUAUCAAUGUGAGCAAGAGGAAUUUCAGUCAAACUACUCUGGAUGGCCAACAAAUAUAAUCAACAUUGAAAUUCCUUCAAUCCGUGGGUUUGAUUCCUAUCCAUUGGUUUCAGAUUGUGCCCAGACCAACUUGUCCGGCAUGGAAUGUGGACUCCCAACACAGUUGUCAUUUUCAGCUCGUGAAAUAUCAGAUGGGACCUUUUUCAAAGCUAUAGAGGAUUAUGAUUCAGAUAGUAAGAGGAUCUUGCACCAACUGAAAAAGUCAUAUCAUGAUGAUCCUGUUCUGAAUCCUCUUACACCAUGGGACAGACCACCUAUUAAGAAUGUUUUCUGUAUCUAUGGAAUAGAUUCAAGGACUGAGGUUGGUUAUUAUUUUGCACCAAGUGGCAAACCUUACCCUGAUAAUUGGAUAAUUACAGAUGUCAUCUAUGAAAUUGAAGGAUCACUUAUCUUGCGAUCAGGGAAUCAGAUUGAAGGGAAUCCAGGAGCUGCAAGUGGAGAUGAGACAGUGAGCUCAGUACCAUAUCAUUCCCUCUCUUGGUGCAAGAACUGGCUUGGGCCCAGAGUGAACAUAACAAGAGCUCCACAGUCAGAGCAUGAUGGGUCUGAUGUACAAGUGGAGUUGAAUGUUGAGCAUCAUUAUGAAGAAGAUAUAGUUCCCAAUAUGACAAGGUCACCUAGAGUAAAAUAUAUAACCUAUUAUGAAGACUCUGAAAGCAUUCCAGGAAAGAGGACAGCUGUUUGGGAGCUUGAUAAAGCAAAUCACAGGAACAUAGUUAGAUCACCAGCUUUAAUGCGAGAGUUAUGGCUCCAGAUUUGGCAUGAUAUUCAUGUUGAUGCUACAUCCAAUUUUGUUACAAAAGCUAAGCGUGGGCCUUUGAGGGAUGAGGACUGCUACUGGGAUUAUGGAAAAGCUCGGUGUGCAUGGGCUGAGUAUUGCGAAUACAGGUAUAUCUUUGGUGAUGUUCAUCUGGGACAGAGCUGUAGGUUAAAGAAUUCUUCUGCUGAUACACUCCUGCAUUAUUUAUAGAUUAGAAGGUGUUUAAGAGUAGCUCCAUAAGCUUUCUCUACUUGAGACAUUCUUGUCAAAAGAUCCUGUGCGAGGACCUCUGUCAUUCUUUUUGUAUAUCAUUCACAGUUAUUGGAUCCGUCUUCGGAUUACAGGCCAAAACGUUGAUACAACCUAUUUCUAGCCAAUUCUUUGCUGGUGACAUGAAGGCUGAAACCGGUUGAUGAUGCACACUAUUAUUUUCAUUCCUGUUUACUAACGUCACUGUGGCCUAGAACUCUAGAUUUAGAUUCUAAAAGAAGAGAAGAAUUCUUACAGUCCUCAGUUCUAAAAUUUGCAAAGAAGACCUUAGAAUCUUUUAAGUCUUUGAGUUCUAUGCGAAUUUGAUUCAAUUUUGUGCUGUAUUUGUUUAAUUAUGUUAUUU